AUGAGUAACUCGUCUCAAUCCGACACCGCCACUGCUACCGACUCCAUUGCCCAAACCGUCAACGCCCUUCUACUCCGUACAUACGCACUGCUGCAAACACCUUUGUCUGUCCUGAAACUUCACCAGGCCCUCAACUCUGCAGACCAGGCCCUCGCGAUAGCGGCCCACUCUCACCGCUUCGACCUCGAGCCUCGCGCUCACUUGUACCGCGGCCAUGUCCUGAGCGCCUGGGGCCGCUGGCGCGAAGCGCACGCCGCCUACGUCCGCGCUGCCAGCGUUAGAGGGGUCGGGUUCACUGGGACAGAUAUCCGGGGCUUGACGAGGGAUUGCAUAGUGAUGAUCAAGUUUGAAGCCGAGAGAAGUCAGAGAGCGAACCGCGCUCUCGAGAUGGAAAGCAAAGCGAAGGACGGAUUGAAGAUGGUGCGGUUUAGGGAUGAGGAGGUGGUUCUCAAGGCCUUUUACGAUUAUGAUGAUGAUAAUGACAAUGACGACGACGAAAUGCAAUCUGACGCGAGCCAGAGUGGGUUCUGCCUUAUUUUGAACGGUGACGGAGAAGUCGUCGGUAGCCGUGAGCGUCUGCCUGAUCUGAGGCGUGUACGCGGUAGAUCGGUCAGCAGAUCGCCAACGCUACGAGGAUGA